GAUCGCGCGUGUGCUGACUGUGAUCUCGCAGAAGCAGAAAGCUGCGUUGAGGGAGGCUUACAAGAAGAAGAAGCUCCUCCCUCUGGAUCUCCGCCCCAAGAAGACACGUGCCAUCCGCCGCCGGCUUACCAAGCAUCAGCUCGCAAGAAGUUUAUUUAGACUACUAAAUACACUGAUCAAUUACUUGGGAAAUAAUACAAAAGAAAGCGAAGACAAUUGAGGGAUUCAACCUGAUGGAAAAACUGUGUCUUCAAGAAAGUGUUACUGAGAAGGUCAAUUGUGAAGCAUCAUCAACUUCUGGAGAUAAUAUAGAGAAUGGAAAUCAAGAGGCAAAAUCAAAAGAUGAGGUGUCUGCUUCUGCUAAGAUGAUGAAGUUAAGUGGGCCAAGAUGGAAGAGAAAAGGUUUUGUAGAUAUUGCUCGUGGAAAUCCCAUGUCAAAAAUUGUUCUUCGAUUGCAAACUUCUCUAAAACAAUCAAAAAUUAAUGCAACUUUAUCAGGCUGCAUUGUUUUUGUGACAGUAGAAGCAGAGGCAGGUGAGCUGCUUGAGCAAGCCUCAUUUGGCAAAAUCUUCACUUCUCAAGACGACAAACAACAUUUUCAAUUCAAUCUAGAAGAGUCUUUCUAUUUGUAUCAUGCUCUAAAAUGCAUCAAGAUUGUGCGAGAUGAUGAAGCUCCCUUAGAGGAAUUAGAAUUAUGGAAAAAAAUCACUUCUGAAAGGAAAGGGUUCCCUGAAUUAUACAAGGCAUAUUCUCAUUUAAGAUCCAAAAAUUGGGUGGUUCGCUCAGGAACUAAUUAUGGUGUAGAUUUCAUUGCUUAUAGGCAUCAUCCUGCACUUGUCCAUGCUGAAUAUGCGGUGCUUGUUAUACCUGAGAAAGAUAGCAAUGCAAAAAUUGAUCGUUUAAGCUCAUGGCCUGGCCUUUGUUGCCCUCUACGAUUAAGUGGAUCAGUUGCCAAGACAUUGUUAGUUCUCUAUAUUAUGGGCUGUUGCAAUAGCAAUAAGAGUUCAAUGAGUUGCUUGGAGGAAUUCACUGUGGAAGAGCGAGUUAUAAGACGAUGGGUUCCUGAGCAAUCUCGAGAAGGUUAGAGCUUUUUUUAAUAGAUCAAGCUGAUUAAAAAACUAGUGAUCGUGUCUUCUUUACCUGAAAAUACAUUGGCUAAUGAAAUGACUUGGUGCAUAUUUACAUGGAAGUGUACAAGAAGUUUAAACUUGAAACACUGUAGAGUUGAAUUGUAACAAUUUUCUAUAUUUUAAUUUUUAAUUACUUUUAGUUGCAAUA